ACUGUAGCGCCGCUCUCACGCUCCCCAAACCAACAUAAAUCUUCUGUUCUCUUUUCUCUCAAAACCCAAGAGAGAGAAAGAUAAAGAUUGGGGAGAGAGAGACAAGAAAGUGGACCAUUACCCCUUUUCUCCCUCACUCUUGAAGGAGAACAGAAAAGAAAGAGGUUUUAAAGAGAAUGGAGAAGGCAUUGGUAAAGCUCAGCAGCUUUACCAUAUCCAGGAAAGCCAAAGAAGAGAUCUCCUCCAUUGGCGAAGAUCUCUCUAGGUUCUCAAAUACUGUGGAGGAGAAGGCGAAAUGGAUAUUUGAUAAGCUGAAAGGCAAACCCUCGAAAUCCCUACCAGACCUUCUCCGAGAACACGGACUCCCUGCAGGCCUCUUCCCGCGAAACAUCAUCUGCUAUGAAUUCGACGAACUCAAGGGAAAGCUGGUUGUCCACCUGCCAUCAACCUGUGAGGUCGGAUUCAAGGAUUCUUCUGUGUUAAAUUAUGCAACCCGAGUCAAAUGUAUCUUAUCAAGAGGCAAGCUCACAGGGAUAGAAGGCAUGAAGACCAAAGUUCUGGUCUGGGUCAGAGUCACUCAAGUGGGACUGGAGAGCUACAAGUCUGAUAAAGUUUGCUUUACUGCGGCUGGAGUGAAGAAGCUGAGGCCUAGAGAUGCUUAUGAGAUGCCUCGAGAUUCUGUGUAUGCUCUCUUUUAUUAG